AUGAGGGAGCUGUCCUGCUUCGGCGACGGCUCCGUCUGCGUCGCGGCGGCCUCCGUCUCGGGCCGCGGCGCGCUCGACCGCUCGCUGCAGGCGGCGACCACGAGCGUGUACAGGGCCGUCCUGUCCUCGGGCAAGGAGAUGCUCGUCCGGGUCACGUGGACCCGCACCGGCACCGCCGCGGGAGCGGCCGGCGUCGCCGUCGCAUUCGACGACGGCGGCUCGGCGUCGUCGCCGGCGGGGAGCCGCCGCCAGGUGCUGCUGCAGAAGAAGCGGGGGAGCCGGACGCUGGUCACCGGCGCCGGCACGGCCGUCGGCGUGCACUGGGACACCGCGGAGGCCAGGUACCCCGCGGGCCCGUCCGCGUCCCCGGAGCCCGACGAGCGCGACUACGGCCUCGCCGUCGUGGCCGACGCCGAGCUCGCGCUCCUCCUCGGCGCGGGCGCCGCGGCGCGCGAGCUCUCCCGCCGCCUCAGCCUCGGCGCCGCCGUCCCGCGCAGCGCCGCGGCCCUCGUCAGCCGGCGCGAGCAGCUGCGGGGCGCGGCGGCGGCGCACGUCACGCGUUGCCGGUUCCGGGACGGCGGGGACGAGCACGAGGUGGCCGUGCACGCGUGCAGGGGCGGCGAUGGGUUGCUGCGGGUGAGCAUCGACGGGGAGAAGGUGGCGGAGGUGCGGCGGGUGGGGUGGGGCUUCCGGGGCAACCGCGCCGCCGUGCUGGCCGACGGCGAGGUGGUCGACGUCAUGUGGGACGUGCACGACUGGUGGUUCGGUGGCCGGGGCGGCGCCGGCGCGGGGGCGCAGUUCAUGGUCAAGGCAAGGGCGGAGAAGGAGGGCAGGCUGUGGAUGGCCGACGCAACGGCGGCGAGGGGCCAGUCGCCCGGUGGAUUCUUCUUGCACGUGCAGUGCUACCGCCGGUGA